AUGGAGGCUCUUGGGGACACCUCUGGGGGCCUUGGGGACACCUCUGGGGGCCUUGGGGACGCUCCUGGGGGCCUUGGGGACACCCCUGGGGGGGUUGGGGACAUUCCAGGGGGCCUUGGGGAUGCUCCUGGGGGGGUUGGGGACACUCCUGGGGGGGUUGGGGACACCCCCGGGGCCUCGUGGGGCGGCUGCGGCAUCACCAUCCUGGUGACGGCGCCGGGGGAGGAGCUGCCUGAGGGGGAGGAGCUACCCGAGGGGGAGGAGCUACCCGAGGGGGAGGGGCUACCCGAGGAGGAGGGGCUGCCAGAGGGGGAGGGGCUACCCGAGGGGGAGGGGCUGCCCGAGGGGGAGGGGCUACCCGAGGGGGAGGAGCUACCCGAGGGGGAGGGGCUACCCGAGGAGGAGGGGCUGCCCGAGGGGGAGGGGCUACCCGAGGGGGAGGGGCUGCCCGAGGGGGAGGGGCUACCCGAGGGGGAGGGGCUGCCCGAGGGGGAGGGCAUCGAUGACAUCAUCGAUGAUGUCACUGCCGAGGGCGCCGCCCCUCCCAGCCCUGCCCGGGCGGAGGUCCCCCAGGGGGCCCUGCCUGGGGACCUGGUGGCUGGGGGAGGGGGCCCCGGGGGUGACGUCACCGGCGGGUGUGGCCUCGAUGACAUCACGGGGGGGCGUGGCCCUGGGGACAGCUCUGCUGGGGAAGACCUUGGGGGUGAGGUCCUCACUAGGGGGGGUGGCGGUGAUGUCAUCGGUGGGAGUGGCCUCCUCGGUGACAUCACCACCGGCCCGGACCUCAGGGGUGAGGUCGCCGCUGGGCGUGGCCUUGGCGAUGACGUCACUGCCAGGGGGGACCUCACCUAUGGGGGAGACCACAGUGAUGUCAUCAGUGGGAGUGGCCUCCUCAGUGACAUCACCGCUGGGUGUGGCCUCACUGAUGACCUCACCCCGGGGUGGGGCCUCGUCCCCGGGGGUGGCCUCAAUGAUGUCAUCAGUGGAGGUGACCUCAUCGAUGAUGUCAUCGCGGGUGGGGCCCUUGGGGACCUCAGCGCCGGGCGUGGCCUUGGUGACGUCAUGGCUGGGCGGGGCCUGGGCACCGAUGACAUCACCAGUGGGGAGGAGCUCAGCGAUGAGGUCACCGCCGGGGACGACCACACCCUGCAGGCGGAGCUCAGCGACGAUGACGUCACCGGGGCUGGGCGUGGCCUUGGGGGCAGGGACAUCGGCCUGGGGGGGAGCGGCCUUGAUGAUGACAUCAGCGAGGGGGGCGGGGACAGCAGCGAGGGGGGCGGGGAGCUCAGUGAUGACGAUAGCGGGGGUGGGCGUGGCCUCGCCUGUGCCAUCCUCGGGGCCGGGGGCGGCGUCCUCAAGGGAGGUGACCUAGGGGCGGGAGGUGACGCUCCCGGUGACGUCAUCGGGGGUGGGACUGACGUGGAUGACGUCACUGAUGACAUCACCGAGGGGGGAGGGGCCCCACCCGGGGGGGAGGUCCCCAGCCCCCUGCUGGCCGCCGGCAGCCUCGGGGGGGAGCCCUGGGCCGAGGAUCUGCCCCCCCGGGGGGCCCUGGCUGAUGAUGACGUCACCGCCGAUGACGUCACCGCCGAUGACAGGAAGUGGGCGGAGCUGGGAGGAAGGCUGAUGCUUGAAGGGGUGGGGCUGAGGUAG